UGUAAAUAGCCAUUCUAAGGGCUAUUACUCUUCCCCCACUCACACUCUUAGUUCUGAUACUCUCUCUCUCUCUCUCUAGAAAGACACCAAUCUGGGGUUUUGCUUCUCUCGGUCGGUUUCAAGAAAAGCUGAUUAAUUAAGAUGGUGAGAGGAAAGACCCAGAUGAGGAGGAUAGAGAAUGCUACAAGUAGGCAAGUGACUUUCUCCAAAAGGAGAAAUGGCUUAUUGAAGAAAGCUUUUGAGCUUUCUGUGCUUUGUGAUGCUCAAGUUGCUUUGAUUAUCUUCUCUCCAAGAGGCAAGCUCUGUGAAUUUGCAAGCUCAAGCAUGGAGGAGACCAUCCAACGUUAUACGAAUCAUGUAAAAGACAUCCAAACAGAAAAUUCUUCGAGUAUUGAAGAUGCUCAAUGGCAGCAUUUGAAGAAUGAAACUGCAAGUAUGGCAAAGAAGAUAGAGGCCUUAGAACUCGCAAAAAGGAAACUUUCUGGAGAAGGUCUGGGAUCAAGCACCAUUGACGAACUACAACAGAUCGAACAGCAACUGGAGAGGAGUGUAUGCAUCAUUCGAGCUCGAAAGAUGCAAGUUUACAAUGAACAGMUCGAGGAACUACAAGCAAAGGAGAAAAUUCUAGCUUCUCAAAAUGCUAUGCUGAAUGUAAAGUGUGURGUCCGACCUCAAGAAAAGAUGGAAGAAGGUCGAGCAAGUUUACAGAUGACGGAAUGUGGAGAGAGUUCGGAUGUGGAAACAGAAUUAUUCAUUGGAUUACCCGAAAAACGGACCAGGUUUAAUAAGCCAAAAUGAUCGAUAUGAUUUACGCACCAUUUAUUAUAACUCUUCCGAUUUGUGUGCGUACUAAAAAUAUAUAUGUUAUGUUGUUGAUUUGCUGCAAGWUGUUGUUCAUUUAGAGUUGAUCCUAAUCUAAUGUACAUAUAYAUGAACAUCGUCGUCCUGGUUGGUUGCAUCU